AUGGAUGGGGCUGAGGAAGGAUACGAGGCAUGGUGGGCAGAAGUUUCUGUUAACUGCUGGAGGCAACAGCAUGAUGAGUUAUUCGCUGCCAUUUUCGGGGAACUGCGAUACCCCUACCCUGCCGACGUUGAUCUACUUGCCCGCGUCCCUGAAGAUGCUGCACAAGUUCCUCCUCCUGCUGCCGAGUCGGCUCCGCGACCCGCGCGAGCCCCACGUCAGGCCCAGGCUGGUAUCGUGAUCCGCGAACCCCCUCAAGAGGGAAACGCGCCAUCCUCUGGCAGUCGCGCGGCCAACACUUCCCAAGCCACUGGCCAGACUGGGAAACAAAAGGCAAUCGCUGCCCUCUCGGCUCGGAAACGCAGUCGCUCGGAUCCUCGAGCUGACCUGUGGGCAGAAGAUGAACCAAUCGCUGACCGACCGGUUCGCCAUAGGUCCUCGAGACACACUGAAGAAGGAUCUUCAGCUGCUGGUGAAGGCCCAUCUGCUUCCCAAGCCCAAACGCCAACUAUUGUGAACAACUCUCCACCUCCUGCGGGCGCUGCCAGUAAUGCACAGUUGGCCUCGGUCCCAGUGCAGAUUAUAGAUGAUAGCUCGCCUGAGGCCGAAGACAGAGUACCGCCACCGGAUGCACCUCAUGAGGAACCAAGCGAUAUACCUGUCCUGGAGCAGAUAGCGCCUGACUCAAUUCCUGUUCCCAGCGAAGCUAACCCAGAGGCAAUGCCAGCGGUCGUCGAGCAUGAGCCCCCAGCCGAGGAGAAUCCAAACGCUUUCAACACUGAGGACGCUGAAGCUGAAGCUGUAGAGGCAGAAGCUGCUGAGCCCGCUCUUAGUAUGGUUGGUCAGGAACCUCCUCCCCCUGCCCCCCAAGUUACUGAAGCCGGAGGAUUGGGAAAUCUUCCUGAACCAAUGCCAGAGGCAGCACCUGUCGCUGAACCUCCUGAGGUUGAGCUUGGGUUCAUUGACAGGGAUAACCGUGUUGAACUGUUUAGCCAACCUGUCUACUAA